GUUGCACACAAAAGUGGAUAUUGAAAUAAUGGAAAGCACUGAUGGAUAGAAUAAGGUGAUUUACAAACAAAUGUAUGUAAAGGUAUGUGCCAAAAAUAAUAAUUCACUUUUAUUCACUAUCUUCCUUGGAGCCCAUUAAAUCUAGGUAGACAUAACAGCAUUAACUCAAACAAAAAUGGGCAGAUAAAAGCAAAAUAAAUUCCACAAGUUUAAUAUGCUUACAGAACUGAAAAUCUUAACUACAUUGGUAUUAUGCUUACUAGAAUUUCAGCUUUAACAGCUCCAGAAAAAGUAGGCUAGUUUUAAUCUUAACUUGCAAUCUCCACUCCAGAAUGAGAUAAGCAUAUGCACAGGAAAAUAAAGCAAGUGAACUGAACUUUUGAUAGGAAAAAAAAAGGAGGGAGCAAAAAGCCAUUUUUUCUACCAUCAUGUUUACUCCCUUUUUUUCCUAUCAAAAGAUCAAUUCACCUUUCGUAUCUUUCCUCACAUCUUGUGAUCUCAGGUUGGCUGGGAAAUUCUGGGAUAUGAAACUCACAAGUCUUAAAAAUUGCCAAAGUUGGACACCUCUGGUCUAAAUAUUUUAGAAUAUAAUCCCAAUUAACCAGUAACAGAAUAUUUUACAAAUCUGGAGGACAUGAAGCUGGGAGGAAAUGAUGCACACAAAAGACUUUCCCAUGGAAAGCCAAGUUUAUAGCUUAGCUUAUGCUAAAUUCUGAGAGGAACUUAAAAAAAAAAGCAAUGAAGUCUUGGAUAGAUAAGGGUCACAUAAACGUCAUGUGAUGCUUGUGUUCAACCCCAAUUUCUGCCACGGUAACUUCUGUAACACUUAUUGAUAACUGUAAUUUGCAAUCCUAUUCUACACUAACAUGGCUUGGUUUAGAAACUAUGUAUUGUCAGUUUUGUACGAUGCUCAUUUUUUUCUGCUCCCAACUAGCGCGCCUACCUCCUUUCGUAACUACCAGCAACUACUUUUAGUUCAUCAGGGAGGCUUUUUCUAAGUGGAUCAAAAAUUCUCCCUCGCAUAAAUUGGGGACGACCGUUAAGAUAGCAAGAGGGCAAGUUUCUGCCGUCCAAAUCUACUAAUCCUAAUUCAUAAUGUACUUAACAUGUCUACUUGCAAAUUAUUAAGGAUUAAGGAUUAAGAAUUAUUUGCACAACGGCUUCCAGAAUAACUCAAGGUUUCACAGAGAAACGCCCCACUGCUUUUCGCAGCCAGUGAAAACGCUCGUUCCCGCCCUUAUUUUCCUCACCAUCCAAUAGACAUUGAGAUCUCACGAGCUUCCUCCCCGGCCGGUAAGCAACAGAAAAAAACACGGAAAUGGUGUCCUGUUUUCUUCUAACGGAAACACUCACGAGGCGGAGGAAUUGUGGUAACCAAUGACAUCCGCCGGCAGCUUAACGAGAGAUCAGAGCAACCAAUGGGAAUCGAGCGCGCAUUGUCGCUCGCCUAGUCCACCUCAGAAUUCACUUUAGUUGUUGCGGGAGGCGGCAAAGAUGGCGGCCUCUGCCAAGCGUAAAUCUGAAGAUACUGAGGCGGCGGGGAGCAGCGACGGCAGAAAUCGCUCUAAUAAACGAACCUCGAGGGACAGCCAGUCGCGAUCGGGCGAUCGACGAAGCGCGAGUCCAUCGUUCGUCGAAGGCGCUAUCGUGAGAAUCUCCAUGGAAAACUUCUUAACCUAUGAUAAUUGUGUGGUGUUUCCAGGCCCUCAUCUAAAUAUGAUAGUAGGAGCUAAUGGGACAGGUAAAUCAAGCAUUGUAUGUGCGAUAUGCCUUGGAUUGGCAGGAAAACCUUCCUUUAUAGGACGAGCUGAUAAGGUUGGUCAUUAUGUGAAGCGAGGUUGCAAUAAAGGAACAGUUGAAAUUGAGGUGUAUAAGAUGCCGAACAAUGUUAUUAUCACACGAGAAAUGUCUGUAUCAAACAAUCAGUCAACUUGGUUUCUUAAUAAAAAUCCCUGUACUCUCAAAAUGGUGGAGGAACAAGUAUCUGCUUUAAAUAUUCAAGUGGGCAAUCUAUGCCAGUUUCUUCCACAGGAUAAAGUUGGAGAAUUUGCAAAAUUGUCCAAAAUUGAGUUACUUGAAGCUACCGAGAAAUCCAUUGGUCCACCAGAGAUGUACAAAUAUCACUGUGAUCUCAAAAACUUCAGACAGAGGGAGCGAGAACUAGAAAAUUCAUGCACAGAAAAAAGUAGCAAUCUAGAAAAAAUGAAGCAAAAGAAUGAAAGGUAUAAGCAAGAUGUGGAGCGAUAUCAUGAACGUCAGCACCAUCUAGAUUCAAUUGCAAUGCUAGAGAAAAAAAGGCCAUGGGUGAUAUAUGAAGAAACACGGAAGCUGUAUGAAGAGGCUAAAAAAAAACGAGAUAGACAGAAGGAAGAUUUAAAAACAUUGAAACAGACUCAGGCUCCUAUGAUUCAUGAGAUGAAAGAAGCCGAGAAACAAUGUGCAAAACUGGAAGACAAAAUCAAGGAAAAGAUUGCAGCCAUCAAAGAAACAUCUCAGAAAUGUAAACAGCAACAGGAUGCUUUGGAGAAAAAAGACAAGCAAAUUGAAGAUAUUAAACAAGCUUUAAGGAUGAAACGAGAGGCAGAAAUGGAUCGGCAGAAGAGAAUACAAAAUACUCGUAAGAUGAUAGAAGACUGGACCAAUGAGCUUAAAAACACAGAUAAUGCUGAGAACAUUCAGCCUUUAAUGAAUUCUCUUAAUGCCAACCUUAGACAGUUGGAGGAAGAGAAGGCAAAUAUUGAUGGUGAAUUAAAUGAUCUCCGUAGGGAAAGGGAGAACUUACUAAAAGAAAGAAAAGGUAUAGCAGAUCGCAUUGCUCAAUUUGAAAAUCUGAUGAAUAUAAAGGAAGAGAAGCUGAAAGGGAGAUUCCACGAUACACAUGAUGCUCUUAUGUGGCUAAGACAGAAUAGAGACCGAUUUAAAAGAACCGUCUGUGACCCUGUGUUGCUUUCAAUCAAUAUGAAAGAUAAUAAACACUCUAAAUAUGUAGAAAAUCACAUUUCUGCUAAUGACAUGAAGGCCUUUGUCUUUGAAUUGAAGGAAGAUAUGGAAAUAUUUUUAAAGGAGAUGCGGGAUAAUCGCAAACUAAGAGUGAAUGCUGUAUGUGCACCUACUGAAUCAUUUGCUGAAAAAAGACCUUUAAAACCAAUUGAAGAACUGUACCGAUACGGAUUUUUCUCUUACUUAAGGGAGUUAUUCGAUGCUCCCCUUCCUGUGAUGAAUUAUCUGUGUCAUCAGUAUCAUAUUUAUGAGGUUCCUGUAGGAACAGAGAAGACUAGGAAUAUGAUUGAAAGGGUAAUAAAGGAAACAAAACUUAAGCAAAUCUACACAGCAGAAGAAAAGUACACAGUAAAAAUAUCCCGUUAUACAAACCAGUCUGUUUCCACUAAUACAUCACUGAGGCCAGCACAGUAUCUUACUGUUACAGUGGAUGCAGAUAAAAGAAGACAGUUAGAAGACAAAAAAAAUGAAAUUAACAAGCAGUUACAAUCAUUGGAUUCUCAAAUGGCGUUACUCUCUGAGAAGCAGAAACACCUGGAAUGCAGAGACAACCAACUCCGUCAACAGAAAAAGGAACUCUUGGAACAAAAAAAUAAAAGAAAGCAAUUAGAAUCAAAAAUUAGUAUGAAAUGUGAUAGUUUAAGACAGAUGGAACAAGAUGGCAUCAAUCUGGAAGAAGAAUCUGAGCAAGCAAAUGCUAAAAUUAAGAAACUUAACACUCAGAAAGUAAAACUUGUAAUUGAUUUUAUGCAAUUAAUAAAGAGUUGUAUGGCCCUUAAUGAAGAAAAAACAAACUUGAUGCUAGAGAACACAAUAGCUACUUUUCACAAGAACAGACUUGAUGCUGAAUAUAGAACUGCAACUGUACACCUACGAGCUAUAGAUCAACAAAUUUCCGACCUGGAUGCAAAGAAGAAUUCUCUUUUAACGAAGUGUAAAAGUUUACUGAGCAAUGCUAAAAGAGUAUGUAACCUUGAUAUGGAUCAAAACCUUCCAGAAGAUGUCUACAAGGCAUUCCUGGACCUUCCAAGUACAGUGGAUGAAAUUGAUGCUCUGCUGAAUGAGGAGAAAACAAGAGCUUCAUGUUUCACAGGCCUCAAUGCUUCAGUUGUUGAAGAAUAUAAUAAAAGAGUUAAAGAAAUAGCACAGAUGACAGCAGAACUGGAGGAAAAGAAAAAGGAACUGGACAGCUAUAGGCGAGAUAUUUCACAGGUCAAGGAAAGGUGGCUGAACCCUUUGAAAAAGAUGGUUGACCAAAUAAAUGAAAAGUUUAGCAGCUUUUUUAGCUCUAUGCAUUGUGCAGGGGAGAUAGAUCUUCAUAAAGAAAAUGAGGAGGAAUAUGACAAGUACGGGAUUCGGAUUAGGGUCAAAUUCCGUAGCAGCACGCAACUUCAUGAGUUGACUCCGCACCAUCAGAGUGGAGGAGAGAGGAGCGUUUCCACAAUGUUGUAUUUAAUGGCUUUGCAAGAGCUCAACAAAUGCCCUUUCAGAGUCGUUGAUGAAAUAAAUCAGGGAAUGGAUCCUGAUAAUGAAAGGAGAGUCUUUGAUGUGGUGGUAGAAACUGCCUGCAGAAAGAGCACUUCACAAUACUUCUUUAUUACACCAAAGCUGUUGCAGAAUCUCACUUAUACAGAAAAAAUGACCAUAUUAUUGGUGUACAAUGGAUCAGCCAUGCUAGAAUCAAGCAAAUGGGACUCAAAAGCUUUCUUUAGGAGGAGGCGGAGAUUUCAACCAUGAUUAGCAGUAAAAUAUAUAUUCCUUUUUGAAACUGAAAAGAAAAAUAUUUUGAAGAUCAAGAAUGAAUGUAUUUCUUAAAAGCACAAUUUUUCUCUUGUAAAAGCCAUUGAUAGCUAAUGUUUUAUAAAACUAAAACACUGACCUUUUCUUUUAUGCUUAUUUUUCUCUGAAGAACUGUAGAUAACAAUUUGGGGGAUAAAUUGAUAAAUUGAAAGGAUAUAUUUUCUUAUCAGCGAUCAAUUGUUUUAGAUGAAUUUGAAAAAAGAAAUGUUCUGCGAGUUGUUCACAACUUGGAAGCUUUAAUUAUAUUUGUUACAAUACGGCCUUAUAAAUAUAGCCUUUGGAUUAACUGGUAAAAUGGUGGAUUCACCAAGUCUGUCAACAAAGAAGUUUUAACUGUUUAAAUAUCUGUUCUAUAUAACUGUGGGAUACUGAACUAUGAAAAAUAGUCUUUCCAAUUGCUGCUAAAUGAUGAUAAUUUCAAGCAUUUCUGAAAUAUAUAAAAUAUGCAGUAUCUUUUUAUCCUAAUUUUAGAAGCAACCACUUGCUUCACUAGUAAUUUUAUACACAGUGCCAUUCUUACAACCCGGGACAUACUUACAUUUUGUUCGAUAUGUUUGUCUUUUUAUAGGGAAAAAUGCCAAAUCUCUUUUUAUAUAAUAAUAUGUAUGGGAAAUAGUAAUUUAUUUUCAGUUCUUUAACUCCUGUUAAUAUGGCAAUAGAAAUUGACUCAGUCUUUAAGAUAUUUCUAAUAAUCAAAAAUAUCCACUAAAUAUCUCAGUCUUCAAAUCAUUUUUGAUUAGCAUAUCCAAAGCAUAUUCAUCAACAAGAGACAUGAAAUUUGUAUUAGUGAAUCUAAGGAGCAAGAUCCAUCUCCAAUAGAUAAUAUCAUAGAGGAAUGGGAGAAAUAAUUGUUUAAACUGCAUUUUAAAAGUAUGAGAGACUAAAUCCCAUGAGACACUGAUUAUUUAAUUCUGAGUACAUAAGUGUAUUGUAAUUUGAAUGUUUAAUGCUAGAAUGGAAUAAGUGCAGAGGUAUGGGUAUUCAAGACUGAAUACUUUAUUGGGUUUAGUUAGUUACUUUUCAAGUGACCUCUUUACUUUUUAUUUAUUUUUACACACACACACACACACACACACACACACAGAAUUGCUGGCAAAUGUUUAAGAACUGGGUUUGCUUGCUCCAUUUCUGCAGAUUGAUCAACAUGCUAAUGCAUUGGCUUAGCUCCACUCUUCAACCACCUUGUAAAAUACUAGAAAAUUUAACAAUCAGCUCUCAUAAGCUGGUUCUAGUUCCCCGUAGUAUAUAUGAUUACAUUUCCAAAUAAGGUUACAUUUUAAGCCAUGAAGUGUGCAACUAGACCAAACAUUUCUUAACUGAACUCUAGCUGCUCUUCAGAUUUGUUUUUAUUAUUUUAAUUAUAUUUUUUCCUGUAUCAAUGUACAGCGUUUAGGUUCACCUAUUUAAAAAAUUGGCCAUCUCCUAUUUUAAAAAAGUGAAUAGUAAAAGGAAGCCCUUUUAAUUAUAUCUCUAUGAUUAGUGCAAUAAUUUCAUACUGGGAGGCUAGGAGCAAAGGGGCUGAUAAUGUUCCUUGUUUAAAACUAUUAUUUUAUGAAACUGACCAAAAAAACCUAAGAUAACUAGCUCUUCAUAGGAAACUAAAGGAGAAAAUUGUCCCUUCUCUCCCAAAGAGUUAAAUAGCAAGUAUAGACCUUUCUAAUCAGUUGAUUUUCAUUGUAUAAAAACCCAAAAGUUUAUCUUUAGCCUUUGGGACCAGACAGAUAUAGACUUCAUAUUUUUCUCCACUGUCACCUGAUGCUGAGGACUUUUCUGUUUGCUUACAUCACUUCCUUUUCCUGGAACUCUAGAGCACUUAUUACUCCCAUUUGUAGACAGAGACAUAGUGCCUCUUUGUGUAUAGCAUUGUGUGUGCCCUUGCAACAUGUAUUAGGUACAGUAUUCUUUCAUCAUGCAGCUCAGUAAUUGUCCAUUGGGAGGAGUUAACAAUGAGAAGGAAAUUCCAGCCAAGUUGCUGAGAUAGUGUAACUGUAACAGUCUGAUGAGGACUGCUGAACCAGCUGUUUAAUACCGGUAACAACAAGGAACAUCUUCAUUUUAAAUUAUAUUACAAAAAUUAAGAAUGCUUACAGUAGUUUUUGAAGGUGCAGGGAAAAAAAUUGAAUUAGGUUCAUUUCAGUUCCCUUACUCAAAUUGCUGUGACUUCAACAUGUAUAGUUUUUCUUUAAUAUUGAACUGACUCUAGUUUACCACCAGAGACCACUCUAAUAACAUCUGUGGGAGAUCUGUUUUGCCUUGUGGACUUGGAAGGUUUUAAAGUUAGUGUGUAGGAGGGAGGGGGGAGGCAGAUAAAUGCCCUCAACUUUCAGAAUGAAAGGAAAGUCUUUUUUCCAUCUGAAAACUAUUUGGGACUGCACUUAUCUAUAGCAAGUGUGUUGGCUGUGGGGAGUGCAGACCAAUUAUAUCAAUGGUGGCCACUUCUGGAAAUCUGAGCCAUGAAAGAAAAAAAAGGAAGGAAACACUGGUCCUGUGGAAAUAGUAAUAUCAGUUGCUAAAUUGUAGAUAAGAUAGAAGCUGGAUUCCAUCAACACUUUGAACUCCUGGAAAGACGCUUAUCUUUCUGCUUGAAAUAGGUAUAAAUAUUGACAUUUACUUUUUUACAACUCAGAGAAGGAAUGGGGUUCUAGGCUAUUUGGAUGGAGAGAGUUACAAAUAGGAUUGCAGGUACAGGGGUUCAACAAUAGUCUGUAAAAUAACCUAAUUAGCCUUUGCAAUGGGCAACAUUUUGCCAUUCAGGUGUCAUUGAAGUAUAUUUCCCAUAUUCCUUUACCAUUGAGCAUGUUGGUUGGAAUUGCAGGGAAUUGGACAUCAGCACCAUCCAGACAGUACCAAAAUUGCAUGAUCCAAGCUUAUGAUUUCCUGUGAUGGUCUGCAGCAGGGCUGUCAAACUCGUGGCCCAUGGACCCGGAUGUGUCACACGCUGGUCACGCCUACACCUGGUUUAGCGAAGGAAAAGAUGUGAUACAUCAUGUGAUGAUGCAAGUCUGACACCCCUAAUCUACAGUAUGUAGUGUUUACAGUCAUUCCCGACUUCAUAUACCACAGUAAUUCUCAGCUAACAGAUCUAAAAUUUGGAGGAGCUGAAAUUAGGAAAGAUUGCCCUGAAGUGACAUCUCUUGUACAAUCAUUGUCUGUGUUUUACUCGGCAAACUUUUGAAUCCCUGUUUUUUGCCAUUAUAAACAAAGUUAUUCCAGCUGGAUGCACUUAUGCCCCCCAAAAUCAAGGAUUUCUUGUUACAGUAUUAACACACACAAGCUUACAUUUCAUAUUAUAUGAGGAACAUAUAUAUGAAUUAAAUAAGCUAAAUUUUAGGCGUAGGCACUUGAAUCAUUCUUUGUAUAUUGUCUGAAGCUGCAGUGUUCAGGUUGGGCGGCCAUAGACAAUCUUUUUUUAAAAAAAUCAAUAUUUUAGAGUUACAUGUGAAUAGAUUCAUUUAAUGCAGUAGAGCUUAUUUCUGAGUAAAUAACCACAGGGUUUCUGUAAGGCUCAGAAGGAUGCUGACUUCUGCAUAUUGUCUUGUUGCCUUUCUUGAUGCUCAAGUGUUAAAAUUCUUGCUUCUUUAUUUAUGGCUAGGAUUAUUUUUAAUGUUAAGUUUAUAUGGCAAUCUUCAUGGACUAAUUCUCUGACUUGCAAUCUGUUGUGCGAGUAAUGGAAGAAGGCUCAGGAACAAAUAAAAAAACCAAAUAACAUUUGAAUGGACAAUCUGAAUUAUGUUGGGAAAGACUGAUAAAAAAAGUGUGAUGCUAUUGUGUAAAUAUACCUUACAAAAAUAUGAAGGCAUUAAAGCAAAAUUUAAAAUAUUAA